AUGUCCGUGAUGUCAAGGUCAUGUAUAAAACAGAUAUUCGAUUUAAUUUAUAGUGCAAAGGCACUCUUGCCCCCUUCAGCUCUGACGGUGCAGCUUGGCGUCGGGCUGGUCUUCCUCGCCAUGUUCAGCUUCUUCAUCUCGUUCAUGGGGUUUUAUGGAGCGAUUUCGAGGUCGCAGUUCCUGCUUUUCAUGUAUGCGACAUUGAAUAUGCUGGUUCUUCUCUUGGAGUGCGCUCUGCUCUUCUAUUUCUCUUCAAACUUAGUCGAGAAAGGGCAGCGCGAAGGCGACCAGUGGACGCACACACUCCGACUCACGUUCAAAUGCUGCGAAUUAAAUGUAACACAGCAGGAUGUGCAGAUCCCGUGGUCUUGUUGCGGUGUGGUGGGAUACCCUAACAACUGCACCUCCUCAACAGUCUUUCAGGACGUAAGUCAACAUACCAUAAUUAACUCCAUUUAG